AUGAAGGCGACCCGUGUCCUGGUCUACGGUGAUUCUCAGCUGGAUCUCCUUCGUUCACGUGCACGCACCGAAAACCAUGAGGCCAAUGAGAUGGCCCAGGUAGCGUCAGGUGUGAAUAUUCUGGACAGCGACCACGACCACGUGAUCAGAAUCGAGAGGCGUACCCUGCCGGCUUUGGCCGAGCGAGGAAUGACGACGCAAGUAUCAUCGGCCGAAAUUACCAACGAGGUCGAAACGGCCGAAGCUGACUGGCGCUACCCCAUAGUAAAGUAUCUGCGCGACCCCUUCGGCAACCAUGAAAGGACUACUCGUUUCCGAGCUCGGUGUUAUUUGAUUUAUCAGAACGAGUUGUAUCAAAAAGGAUUAGACAGCUUAUUGCUCCUAUGCCCCAGCGCCGAAGAUAUUAAGGUUAUCAUGACCGAAUCCCACGAAGGGAUUUGCGGCCCUCACCAGUCUGGCGUCAAGAUGAGAUGGUUGGUCCGGAGGCACGGUUAUUGUUGGCCGACCAUUUUAAAGAACUACAUAGAAUACGCGAAAGGGUGUAUCAAGUGUCAAAUCUACGGCCCCAUACAAAGGGUACCAGCUGAAGCCCUCCACCCGGUCACUAAACCAUGGCCGUUCAGAGGAUGGGCCGUGGAUAUCAUCAGCAAAAUUUACCCAGCCGCGUCCAACCAGCACGCCUGGAUUUUGAUGGCAACUGACUAUUUCACUAAAUGGGUCGAGGCGGAGUCCUAUCGGUCCAUUUCUAGCACGCAGGUGGUCAGAUUCUUUGAAAAUCACAUUGUCUACAGAUUCAGUAUACCCGAAACCAUCACAGCCGAUAACGGCCCAGUUUUUGCAUCAGCCGAGACUCGAGAAUACGCCGAAAGGAUGGGGAUCAAAUUGGUCCACUCGACACCAUACUACCCAUAG